AUGACGUCACACAGCUACGUGACUCAUGUUGAAAGUGAAAGUAAAGCAGACAGUGGAGAGACGACGCUGACGCACCUCUACAACAUGGACCCACGAGGAUCUGGCUCUGAGUCCAACCCCACACCCGGACCUGGACCCACACCUGGACCCAGACCCACACCCACACCCGGACCUGGACCCACACCUGGACCUGCUCCCAGCUCUGUGUCUAUGAGAAGUGACCGGUCCAACUCCCCUCCUCCUGAGUUCAGAGAAGAUGGUCCUGAAGAUCAGAGACUCUACAACAUGGACCCACGAGGAUCUGGCCCCGGGUCUAAACCCAGACCUGGACCUGGACCUGGACCUGCUCCCAGCUCUCAGUCUCUGAAAAGUGACCGGUCCAACUCCCCUCCUCCUGAGUUCAGAGAAGAUGGUCCUGAAGAUCAGAGGUGA